AUGAGUCUCACCAGGACCUACUCCUCUUCCAACAUCCGCCACAGCUCAGUAAACUCUCUGGUAAGCCAAAGUUACAGUAAUUGUUGUGUUUUGGUAUUGAAAUUACAGUAAGUCAAUCUUUGCGUAAUAGAAAAUACAGUAAGCCAUAGUUUCAAUGAAUUGAACUUAAAUUUAAAUACAUUUCUAUGGUUAGCGUUACAUUGUUUGUAGAUGCUAGGGCGUUCCUGGUCCUGCAACGAUCUCAGCCAGACAGCCAAGCCCAAGAGAGUGCACCAGCAGUACCAAAGCACCUUCUUCCCUUCGCCUUACGUGCGCGACUUUGGAAUUGUAAGUCAGGCUUCCAAUGAUUCGUUAGAACAACUUUUUUUACUUAAAAUUUGUUACCUAAAUAUGUUUGGAUCUAAAUAUUACACCACUAAGCAGUCGAUUACAGUACUCCGACUACCACUACCAAUCCGAACACUUCAACGGUCCUUACUACAGUCGCCACAAGUCGACUCCAGGAUACUACCGUUACAACGACUACUGGAGCUACCCCUCGACCUACUGGGCAUCGUACAAGAACUACAUAACCGACUACGGCCUUCCAUUCCAUCGUAGCCGUCACCACGACCGUAUCUACUACAACAACCUUCGCUACGGCACUUACUAUUCGCCCUAUCAGUACUACAUUUUGUAA